GCAAAACUGUUGGAUGGAUGUACGGUAUUAGCCAUAUCAACUGCUCCAGCAGUCAAUGACAUCAUUCCAACAGCUUUUAAUUUCUCCUAAACAGACUCAAGCUCUUCUUCAUCAAAUCUGCUCAUCUCCCUAUGGCUUGAAUGCAAAUAUCUAAAUAGACUUUUUUUGCAGCCAGCUGCUUGCUUUCUCUCCAUGGAUGUUGCCCGACCCGCUGUAAUCUCCAGCAUUUUUUGCUUUCAGCGCUCGCCUGACGGGUUGGCUCCUCGUUACAGGGCACAUUAGUUAGCUAAUGACCACGAGUGGAGUGUUGCCUAGGAGCUGUCGUUUCGGUGCAUGCCGGUAACCCUCCUCAAGAUGCCAGUUUCGGUAUACGUACAGAAUGAUUCUAAGCCCCUGCUGCUGUCUCCAGUCACCCAGUAAUGGACGUUAAAACAAUACCGCAUAGAUAUAACCUUAUGUAUUCAAAUAAAUUAGAAUCUGACCAAAAUAGAUCUUUUGUAAUCAGUUCAGGCACAUUUAGUAUUGUUUCUUGCUCUCAUUGCAAGUCAAUGGACAUUAUUUUAGUUGGGAUGGUACAGGUAUAGUUCAGGGUGGGAAAAGCAUUUUGAAUUCUGUGGAGGAGAGGCGCUCGUCUGCCUCAGUAUUCUGCAUUAGAGGAUACAUUUACCCCACACAUUGGCGCAGUGGCCGGCUCCACACAUACACACUGCAGCCUGACACAACUGGAAGUAACUCAUUCGACAAGAAACGGCAGGGAAUAACAUGAGCGACACGAGGGAGCGCUGACGGCACGCCCCUGUUUGAACCUAUGAAAAUACUACUCCAGCGACAGCAACACUUCUGCCUGACAUAUUGUACAGAGCCAACCUGAAAAGGGCUGAUUCGCACACAAUUUAAACAGGGCGUUUCACUGAUCCGCACACCUCCAGGAAGCAUCUGAUUACAAGUUGGUGUCCAAUCCACAGUGCAAGCCUGUGAUCCAAAGACCAACGGGCACUACCCGGUGCCCAGGCUGUCCAUAUCCUCCAGGACCACGGUGGUAGCUAGCAUGGACAGUGGCCCUCAGUCAUCGCCCACUGUCAUGAAGUGGAAAACAGUGCUGGCUAUCUUCGUGGUCGUUGUCCUUUACCUGGUGAUCGGAGGCACGGUGUUCCGAGCUUUGGAAAAACCUUUCGAAAGCAAACAGAAGCAUAAGAUCACGACAGAGAAAUCUAGUUUCCUUCGAAAUAACCCCUGUGUGAACCCCGGAGAACUUGACGCACUCAUUGAGCAUGCAAUUGAGGCUCUUGGUGCUGGAGUGAAUCCUGUAGAUAAUUCAGCUAACAAUACAAGUCACUGGGAACUCGGUAGUGCCUUUUUCUUUGCUGGGACUGUGAUAACCACCAUAGGUUAUGGGAAUAUUGCACCCAGUACUGAAGGAGGGAAAAUAUUCUGCAUCUUAUAUGCUUUGUUUGGAAUUCCUCUCUUCGGCUUUCUGUUAGCAGGAAUUGGGGAUCAAUUGGGCACAAUCUUUGGUAAAAGCAUUGCAAGAGUGGAGAAAGUAUUCAGAAAAAAGCAAGUAAGCCAAACUAAAAUCCGGGUCAUCUCCACAAUCCUUUUCAUUCUAGCUGGCUGCCUUGUUUUUGUGACUAUCCCAGCAAUUAUUUUCAAGCACAUCGAAGGGUGGACAACUCUGGACUCCAUUUAUUUUGUUGUUAUCUCCUUAACAACUGUAGGAUUUGGUGACUAUGUAGCAGGUGGAAACAUAGCUAUUCAUUAUCGGGAAUGGUAUAAACCAUUAGUCUGGUUCUGGAUUCUAGUGGGUCUGGCCUACUUUGCAGCUGUCCUCAGCAUGAUUGGAGAUUGGCUACGUGUGAUAUCCAAGAAAACAAAGGAAGAGGUUGGUGAAAUUAAGGCUCACGCUGCUGAAUGGAAAGCAAAUGUGACAGCAGAGUUUAGGGAAACACGAAGGCGAUUAAGUGUGGAAAUUCAUGACAAACUUCAAAGGGCAGCAACUAUCCGAAACAUGGAGCGAAGACGGCUUGGUUUGGACCAACGAGCCCAUUCCCUUGAUAUGCUCUCCCCUGAGAAACGAUUAGCAUUUGCAGGUCUGGAGACAGGACAGUUCAAGGCCUCGUCUCAGGAAAGUAUAAAUGGAAAUUCUAACAAUCUACAGCAGAAAGAAACAAAGCAAUAUGACAAACACAUGCAAGGAGCUUCAGAAGACAACAUCAUCAAUAAAGUUGGAUCUUCAGCAAGAGGGCCCAAGAGAUUCAAAAAUAGAGAACUAAAGAAAGAGAUACCAGAGAAUAUUAGAAAAAUAUAUGAAACAUUUGGAAAUUGCACACUGGAUGAAGAGAAAAAGGAGCAGGAACGAGAGAAAGAAAACAACACAAAUGUUCCAGCUAUAACAAGUUACGUCCAACAUUCAGAAGUAGAAGAUGACAGAACAACCAAUGAAGCCAAAUAUCCAGAGAAUAGGAAAUUACUUGAAAAAAAGAUAUGAAAACACUAUGAUGAACAAUAUAAAAAGUUUGAAGUUUUUUUACACUAUUGAUAUGUGCCUUAUCAUUUUAAAAUGUGAGAAAACCAUCUUCACACAUGCAUGGUCUACACAAACCUUUAGAUUGAUUUAUUAUGCCACUGUGAUAUAGGGUUGAACUACCAAAUAUCAAACAUCGGCUUGAAUUAAUCUGUUUGAACUAUGGGAAUGUGUUUGAUGACUACAUUAGUACCAAUCUGGGAACAUUUUAUGUGGACCUAGAGCUCAUUACCAAUGCAGUAUAUCUUAGGAAAGAGGUGGAUGACUCUGUACGUUAUCAGAAGUUCCACUAAGUCUCCAUCACGUUUAUUACUGAGAGGAUUCAGUUUUGGAAUAUUUAUUCCCACUAAUUUAUUCGAAUUGUUCAACAAUUUUUAAACAAACAUCAGUUUAUUUUAGGAAUCUUGUGCAUCUGCUUUGGCGUGUGUUGUACGUCCUGUUGAAGAUGUUACAUUUCUGAUAGGUAUAAGAAUUUCUGCAGCAGAGAAAUACAUCAGAGUCAUGACAUUGCAAUAUUCCAGUGUAAUUGUUGAAGAUUGACAUAAGCACUGAGCAAAAGAUUGCGGUCUGCAUGUCCGUGUCUUUGUAAUUUAGUAAGAAACUUCUAUGACUGAUCUUGAUAUAUAUUGACUUCACAGGGCUCUCUUGUCCUGCUUUUACAAAGUUUCCUAUAUUAGGUUUUAAAAAAAAAGGGUGUUGGGAAUAAUUUUAACACUAAAGUAAUAAUUCAAAGAAAGCAUGUUGGUGUAUGGAUCUAUGAUCAUUCUCUUUGUUGUCUGUGUACUCCUGCAAAUAAUACAAUUAAUUUGUAUUGGUUCUUGAAAUUAACUAAUGAAUAAAACAACGUCAGAAUCUGAUAAAA